GCCGCCAUUCCGCGAGCAGGUCGCUGCGCAGGCCUCGCUCCGCUGCGGCGCGUGGUGCCCGGCCCGCCGCCCCGCCAUGCAGAUCUUCGUGAAGACCCUCACGGGGAAGACCAUCACCCUCGAGGUCGAGUCUUCUGAUACAAUAGAAAAUGUGAAGGCCAAGAUCCAGGAUAAGGAAGGAAUUCCUCCUGAUCAGCAGCGACUCAUUUUUGCUGGUAAGCAGUUAGAGGAUGGGCGCACACUGUCCGACUACAAUAUUCAAAAAGAAUCAACCCUUCACCUCGUGCUGAGGCUGCGCGGUGGUGCUAAGAAGAGGAAGAAGAAGUCUUACACGACCCCCAAGAAGAACAAGCAUAAGAGAAAGAAGGUUAAGCUUGCUGUGCUCAAGUAUUACAAGGUGGACGAGAACGGCAAGAUCAGCCGUCUGCGCCGCGAGUGCCCCUCUGAGGAGUGCGGAGCCGGGGUCUUCAUGGCCAGCCACUUCGACAGGCACUACUGUGGCAAGUGCUGCCUGACGUACUGCUUCAACAAGCCAGAAGACAAGUAAUGUACCUGACAAUAAAAAUCUGAAAUUCU